AUGCCUACAUUUCAGUCCAAAACCUUCCGCCGAGCGACAAAUGCUUCGUCUACGCUCGGUGAGAGGCUUGGCGCAAUGUAUCGCGCCCGACUAUCUAAGAACCCUUUUCUUCUAUUCGGACUUCCUUUCAUCAGCGUCAUUGUAGCUGCCUCUUUUGCCCUCACUCCUGCUGCCGCCUUGCGCUAUGAGCGAUAUGACCGCAAAGUUCAACAAAUGAGCCAGGAAGAAGCCUUCAAACUCGGACUCAAGGGUCCUGAUGGCGAAGAAGGUAUCAAGCGCAAUCCUCGCCGGAGAAUUCUCGGAGAUGAACGAGAGGAAUACUAUAGACUUAUGGCCAAGGACCUCGACGAUUGGGAACAAAAACGGGUGAAGAGAUUCGAAGCUCUGGGAGCAAAUCCAGCUACCAUGACGGGUCCAGGCCAAUCACCAUCUUCACCGUGGGUGCAGCCAGUGCAGCCAGUACAGCCAAUGCAGGGAGGUUCCCGGGAUAAUCGAAAUUCCCAGUCUUUUCAUCCCACUUUGUCACCGUCACCAACUGGCGGACGCUCGAUUGGUCCUAUCUCGGAAAUGCACAGUCCAAACUACUUCGGCAUCAUUGAACACUCCUCGAGCAACCCACCAACAUCAAAUUCCGGGCCACAUGUGCAGAAAAACUGGGCUCCAGGCUCAUUUACUCACACCCAGGCGUCUCUUCCCAGUCCGAGCAAACUCCAACUGUAUUCCCAAGAGUCGGUAUCUGAGGGAUUGGUCAACCUGCUAAGGUCGGAAUCAGCUACGGAUAAAGGCCGGCGGGAAUCGGCCCUUCAAGGCUAUCCCUCCAGCAGUGAUCAAUCGUGGGAGAGAGGGGAAAGGUCAUUGAGCUGGUCCCAGGGAUUCCCAGGCGGAAAUACUCCGGAAUUUAGAAAACCUUCGCUUGUCUCGGUGCCUGAGGCUUCUCAAUGGAUCACAGCUGAACGCUGUGCUGAACUUGUCAAAUCCUCCUCACGGAGUCUGCUUCUGUUGGAUGUUCGACCUUUCGCUCAUUAUUCCAAAUCCAAUAUUCGAGGAUCUUUGAAUCUUUGCAUUCCAACCACCUUGCUCAAACGCCGAUCAUUUGAUACCCAAAAACUGGAAGGUACAUUUACUAGCGAUCAUGACAAACGGCGUUUUUCUCAUUGGAGAGAAUGCACUUCUAUUAUUGUCUACGAUUCUGCUACUUCCGAAGCGAAAGAUGUGGCAGCGUUAUUGAAUGUCAUCAAGAAGUUCCAGGCGGAGGGGUGGGAUGGAGAAGGGUUAAUAUUGCAAGAUGGCUUCAAGGGCUUUUCCAGCAAAUUUCCAGAAUUGCUGCAGCGGCCGCAAAUGCAGACGGCAGGCCCGUCAGCUAAGAAAAGAUCUCCCAUGAGUAUUGAUCUUCCAACUGUGGCCCCUGUCGCCGGAGGAUGCGCCCUUCCCGAGUCAUCAUCGGCGGUCAAUCCAUUUUUUGGUAAUAUCCGACAAAAUAUGGAUCUGAUGGGUGGAGUCGGGCAAAUUCCUUUGAAAUUACCUGGUGCUCUGACAGAAUCUAGCAGGCAGGGACUUCCUUCCUGGCUCCAAAGCGUGUCAGACCCAAAAGAUCAAGGUCGCCUGGCCUCAGAAAACUUUCUGGGCUUGGAGAAAACAGAGUUGCAACGCAUGAAGCAGGCGUUGACAUAUGAAGGUCCUUCAGCUUCAGCUGGGGGGGCCUCUAAGAAGUACCGCGUUGCAGGUAUUGAAAAGGGUACCAAGAACCGCUACAAUGAUAUCUACCCCUUUGAACAUUCUCGAGUACGCCUUGAGGGACUACCCCUAGGAGACUGUGACUAUGUGAAUGCAAAUCAUCUCCAGGCCGAGUUCAGCAAUCGCCGAUACAUCGCCACGCAAGCACCGGUCCCGGAUACAUAUAACGUUGGUACCCCUCUUUCCCUCGACUUUUGGCGAGUGGUCUGGGAGCAAGACGUCAGGGUCCUCGUCUCACUGACCGCUGAGAUGGAGCGCGGGCAGGUGAAAUGUCACCCAUUCUGGAAGACGGGGAAUUACGGACCUUUUAAAGUUAAGGCUUAUUCUGAAAAGUCCAUCCCUAUUGAGUCCCUGGGCCGAUCAGCCACCUCCAGCCAGUCUCCCGAUGGAACCAAUGAAAACCCGGUCAUCGUUGUGCGGAAUUUUAGCCUUUACCAUACGGAAUUGCCGUUCCAGCCACUUCGGGACAUUACCCAGCUCCAGUACCCCUACUGGCCUGACUUUGGAACCACUUCACAACCUACUCAUUUGCUCAACCUGAUUGAGCAAUGCAACAAAGCUGUCCGCUCCACUAGCCGCACCGGAUUUAGCAGCCAAGAAGCCGAGCCAAGUGGCCAGCGGCCCAUUCUAGUACACUGCAGUGCAGGCUGUGGUCGCACUGGGACUUUUUGCACGGUUGAUAGUGUGCUGGACAUGCUGAAACGACAACGGGCACCGGGGGCGCAAUCCUCUGAGGCGCCGGGAGCGCCGGGCUGGAUGCAGGACUCCCAUCUCGACCUGGUCCGAAAGACGGUGGAAGACUUCCGGACUCAGCGGCCGAGCAUGGUGCAGAAUCUCAGCCAGUAUGUGCUCUGUUAUGAAAGCGUGCUUGAAUGGCUUGUCUCUCGAAUGGACGAGUCUUCUUGA